CUCUAUCUACCUACCACCUUAUUAUUUUCAGCCUAUUCAAGAAGAGAGGUCUAAAUAAAUAGCCUUCAAUAUCCAGUCUAAUUAACUCACCCUUUUUGCCACACCAGUUUCUUCAUCUCCACUCUUCUAGUCUUCAUCUCUAUCUCCAUCAAAUUUAACUAUGGCUGCAGAACAGGUGUUGGUUGAUGAAAUCUCUUAUCCUUCUAAGAUCACUGCUACCAAGCCCCUGUCUCUGCUGGGUCAUGGAAUCACCGACAUGGAGAUCCACUUUAUCCAUGUGAAAUUCUAUUCAAUCGGGGUCUAUUUCGAGCCUGAAGUAGUAAGCCACUUGCAGCAGUUCAAAGGAAAACCAGCAAAGGAGCUGGAAGAGAAUGAUGAGUUCUACGAUGCUCUUAUUUCUGCUCCGGUUGAAAAGUUUAUUAGACUUGUGGUGAUUAAAGAGAUCAAGGGUGCACAAUAUGGGGUUCAGAUUGAGAGUGCUGUGAGGGAUAGGUUGGCAGCAGAGGACAAAUUUGAGGAAGAAGAAGAAGAGGCUUUGGAAAAAGUCAUUGAAUUUUUCCAGUCUAAGUACUUCAAGAAGCAUUCAGUGAUCACAUACCAUUUCCCAGCAAAUUCUGCUACUGCUGAGAUUGUGGUAUCUUUGGAGGGGAAAGAAGACUCAAAGUUUGUGUUAGAGAAUGGCAAUGUGGUGGAGGCCGUCAAGAAAUGGUACCUUGGUGGCUCAACAGCAGUGUCUUCCACAACCAUUCAAUCUCUGGCUGCCACUUUUUCUCAGGAGCUCUCCAAGUGAACAUAACUUAAUCUUGGAGUUAUGUUUUGUAUUUUUAAGUUGUAGUAAUUGAAUUUUUCUUCACACAAUGUUUGAGGAUCUCUACUUCUGAAUAAUGUUAAUCUUGUGACUUACCAAAUUUUCAAGUGCUC